AUGAUCCGGGACAGGUGUCUGGACACACUAUGCUCUAGACUCGAAUUAUCUUCUGCUGAAACUCAAACGGUGGCACAGGACUGGAAACGUUCGAAAUAUUGUGUGGCGCGUCUGCCUCCCGGAAUUGAAGUAAUCCUCAUCAUCUUCAUCUUCCAUGACCGCUUCUUCUUUCGGAUCGCGGAGGCAGACGCAUCGCACAGGGCUUCCAACGUUCUCAAUCCUGUGCCAGAGUCUGAGGUUUGGCAGAAGGCAACCUGA